AUGAAAAUAUUCGAAGCUCUCAAAUCUGUUGUGUCUGAAUAUAUCAGUGACGUUCAGAGGGUAAGUCAGUCUACAACAAACAUUUAAAGCGAAUAUUUUUGCUUCAAUAAUUUACUUGUUGAAUACAGAGCUUUGCUACCACAUUCGUAAAAGGAAUCCCCUUCUAAUCUCUGAGAGAGUGGCUUAUGUGAAAACAUUCAGUCCAUGCUGAGCUUCUAAAGGUUAACCCAUUGAGUGUCAGCACUCUUCCCUUGACAAGUUUUUAAAUUGUCUGCCAUUAGACAGAGUAAAGUGACAAAGCAUAAUGCAACUUAACCCAUUAAGCUGCAGAGCCUCUCCAUUGACGAAUAAAAUCGUCUGGUGUUAGACAAGUAAUAAAAAUAAGUGGGGCGCACUGGGGUGCAUUGCGGCUCAAUGGGUUAAUGAGUUAAAAAUCACUGAAUAUAACUAAUUCAGUUAAUCUGUGGUCGACUGUCAUAUAAUAAUAUGAUAUGCUAGUUGGGUAAAUAACUUCCAAUGAAAUAACAGUCAAACAUCUGACAGUUUGAACCCAAAUCACAGUUUUUUCUGACCAAAUCACAACAGACUGUGAAUGUGACAUAAUCUGCAUCAAACACAGAGUUAUACAUUCAAAGACUGGAUCUGGCCAUAUACUGUAAUAUGCCACCCACAAAUUUCAAUUAAUAUGAAUAACAAUUUUUUAUAAUUUAGGUUACAAAACUGUUGUUAACUGUUACUGGACAUUAGUUCUGUAUUUAAUUCCCAAUUUUUAGAUAGUGAUGAGAGAAGAUGAUGAUUCAGUAUUAUUAAAAACUUACAUUCAAGAAUGGAUGAAAUUCUUUGCACAAUGUCAAUAUAUUGCUCAGCCAUUUAAGUCACUGGAAACACACACAGCCAAGAAUAACAGCGGAAAGAAAAACAAACCUGCUGUUGCAGAAUCCAGCUCUAUAAAAAAAGUUUGUAAUUAGUAAUAUACAGUCAUAUUCUAUCAGUUCUAAACUGUUCUUCCUAGAGGUCCAGUAAGGAUCAUCUUUUAUUGAUCCAGUGUUACUACAGGAGGAAACCUAAACUAACUUUAUUUAUACUGGAUAACUCUAUCAGUUCUAAACUGUUCUUCCUAGAGGUCCAGUAAGGAUAAUCUUUUAUUGAUCCAGUGUUACUACAGGAGGAAACCUAAACUAAACUAACUUUAUUUAUACUGGAUAGCUCUAUCAGUUCUAAACUGUUCUUCCUAGAGGUCCGGUAAGGAUCAUCUUUUAUUGAUCUAGUGUUACUACAGGAGGAAACCGAAACUAAACUAACCUUAUUUAUACUGGAUAACUCUAUCAGUUCUAAACUGUUUUCCUAGAGGUCCAGUAAGGAUAAUUUCUUAUUGAUCCAGUGUUACUAUGGGAGGGAACCUACACUAACUUUAUUUAUACUGGAUAGCUCUAUCAGUUCUAAACUGUUCUCCCUAGAGGUCCAGUAAGGAUCAUCUCUUAUUGAUCCAGUGUUACUACAGGAGGAAACCUAAACUAAACUAACGUUAACCAGUGUGUCACUGACAUCUUUCUCUCUCUGUGUAGCUGAUGUUAGACACGUGGAACGAGAUCAUAUUUUCAAACAUCAAUUACAAACUUCAAGCAAGUGCUAUGAAACUCAUUCAUGAUGAACGCGCAGGAGAAUCAUUUGAUUCACAGUUGGUUAUUGGAGUACGGGAGUCUUAUGGUAAAUAUUUUAAACUGCCCAAUGUAACGAAGUAUGGGUGGGUUUAAGAAGAUGGUAUAAUUUAAACUACUGUACAUUUCGCAAUUCUUAUUGAUUAGAAACACAUCUAUUGCGUGAUUUUUGCCUUCUAGUGAAUCUUUGCUACAGUGAAGAUGAUAAAUUGCGAAUCUACAGAAGUAACUUUGAGAAAGCGUAUCUGGAGGCCACCAGACAGUUUUAUUCGAAUGUCGCGUCACAAUAUCUGGAGGAGAACGGAGUGGAGAAAUACAUGAAUUAUGUUAGUAUAGUCGUAAGAUUUUUGAAUAGGGAAACCGCAACACGAUGAUCACUGAGUAGCCACAGAACAAUUCUGAACUACAGAGGGUUUUUACUAUAGAGACCUGUUGUCUGUAUGAACUCAUUGCGCGUUUGCUAUACUCAUUAUUCUUCAGGCUUCGUAGCGGUCUUUGAAAUCCUUGAAAGUCUUUAAAUUUGAAUGCAGGUCUUUAAGGUCUUUGAAAAGUCUUUGAAUUGGGUGAAAAAUGAAGAAAGUCUUUAAAAGUCUUUAAAUUCUUUAGUGAGGAAUUGAUUAUAUGAUUUCCUAGCUAAUAAAAUAGAUUGAUUGAAGCAAGAUUUUCGCAAAUAUCGACGAAAAGACGCAUUUUACGAUGUGAUUUGAUGGAACUAAAAAAUAGACGUGCUUACACUCGCAAUUUCUCGACAGUUGAUUGCUCUCAAAGGUCUUCGAAAAGUCUUUGAAAAUAGGCAGAAAAAAUCUGUGAAAGUCUUUAAAUUUUUUUGGUCUUGGUGACUACGAACCCUGUUCUUCUAUAGUCUAAAGACUACAUGAAUAAUCUCUCCGACGAACAAGUAGCUAUUUUUGUAGUAGAAGUGAUUUGUUUUAAACGUGUAUGUUAGCAAGAGAUUAUUUGUUUCAGGCUCACAGUAAACUACAAGAAGAAGAACAUCGCGCACAGAGAUAUCUCGGAACAUCGCAAGGAUGUAAUUCCUGUGAACUUGUGAGUGCCAUAUAUAUGACGAUACAUUUGGUUUGUGUUUGUCUAAACUAUCAUGCUUAAACUCUGCUCAAGCGAGAGUUCAUGGGAGUUGAUGAGAGUUCUCGAUCGCGUUUGAUAGCCAGCUCUUAUUGAUUCUUAUACGUCCUUGUCCACACCUGUCAACUUUGGUUCAAUUUUUUUGCUACGAUUGCAAAUAUACAGUCAACUCUCAUUCAUUCUCGCGCAACUCAAUUCUUAGACAUGAGAGAAAACUCUCUUGCAAACUCUCGCUUGACGAGAACAAGAGUUGCAUAAUGGUUGAUGAGAGUUGACUGGAUAUUACCGCGCACGUAGCAAGAACUCGUGUCAACUUUCGUCAAAAUUUGAGUCUAUGAGAGUGCAUGAAAGAAGUUUAUCUUCCAUGAAAACGAAUACUACAAAUUGUUUUUGCAUCCACAUUGAUCAGAAGCAUGUACUGUAUGUGACGAAGCGUUGUUGUGUGUUAGUUAAUUCAGGUUUGUGUUGAUGUUCUUGUGAGUGAUGUGAAAGAUUGUAUAUUGGAAGAAUGUCCUGGAUUUAUCGCUGUGAACCACACUGAAAGUAAGUCUUUGAACUUGUGCUUGUCAUUUGUCUUGAUGACAAUCUUCAUGUUCUUCAAUGAUCAAUUAUAUGACCUGAUUCAAAUGUUCAAGUACGUGAGCGUCAUUUACAUUUCACUGUCGACGUUUCGGGAUAUGAUGUCAUUAUUAGAUGGAUUAUAAAUUACUUUUCCUUUGUCUUUUGCUGCUAAAUAUUGAUCUAAUGACAUCUUGUCUAUACAUUUUGACAGUAAGUCAAGAUAAGGUUUUUUACUAUAAAGAUAGAUUGCAUUUCUUCUUAGAAUGACCAAAUAUCACACAUACUGUAUGCUGUAAAAAUCGUGUUUGGGGUGAGACUUUAAGUGUUAGCGGGUGAACGAUGAGUAUUCUAUAGUAUGAAUAUAACAACAGUGUAAUGUUUGUACUUGAUUUAGAAUUAUUAAAGAUGUUUCAUCUGAUGGACAGAGUCUCUGACGGUGUUCAGCCAAUGAUAUCUCAUUUAGAAAGUCAUGUGAUCACCACAGGUCUGGCUGAUAUGAUUGGUGCAGCGGCGACUAUAUCUACAGUAAGUUUGCUUGUUUGAACCAAAAAGAUUUCGCCCCGCGCGAGGAGUAGUCGAUCGAGCACAAACGUUAACCGUGCACAAAUCUUUUUGAGAAAUUUUGCUCAUGAAUUUUAAACAAUGUACUGUACUUAAACGAUUGGACAUCAUGAUUCCAUUGCGUGGUUGCAUCAUUACGCCAAAGGUUCAGUGUCUUCACCCUGGAUAAAUUUACAUAACCACGACAUGAACAUGAACAAUAAGAUCGCAUUUCCGUGUCUUGAUUUGUUGCAAACAAACUGUUGUUUUUCUCUAGGACUCUGAGAAGUACGUAGACAGGUUGUUGAUGUUGUUUAAUCGCUACAGUGCUCUGGUGAAAGAAGCUUUUGAUGAUGAUCCAAGAUUUCUCACAGCUCGCGACAAGUCUUUCAAGAAAGUCGUCAAUGAUACUUCAAUAUUCAACUUAGAAUUAGCAACAAAUAUUAAAUCGUAAGUUCUAAUAUACAGUACUUUUAGAUAACAUUGCAUGAAUCAAACAGCGUUCUCAGGGAUGAUGACACCAUGACUACUGCAAACGCUUGUUCAAAUUAUUUUGUCAAUAUUUAGUUGUUUCUCGCAGGAGCGCCAGCAAGACUGUCCCCGAGUCAAAAUGUCCUGAGUUGCUGGCAAACUUCUGCGACAUGUUGCUAAGAAAAAGUCCUUACAGUAAGAAAUUAACGUCGGACGAAAUUGAAGCAAAAUUGAAAGAUGUUGUAAGUUUGAAGUUUCCAUCUCGCCUUGUCAUGAUAAGCGCAAACGUUUGAUGUUUGUUGAUAUCUUUUUAGCUCCUGGUUUUAAAAUAUGUGGAUAAUAAAGAUGUUUUUAUGAGGUAUGUGUUGUUGAAACAUUAGCAGGUCAACAUACUAGAAUAGAACAACAUCACUCUCUCCAAGGUAGCGCAAAUGUUGCGGGCCUUCAAGUACAAGACUAUUACUGAUGAAAAGAAUGAAGAUUAUUUUCUCACUCUGAUAAAUGCAGGUUCACCACCAUCAGCUGUACGAUAGUGUUUAGUGAAACUGAUGAUUGGUGAGCUACACUUACAGGCAGCGGAUGAUGGUCAGCUUGAAAAAUGUACUGCUGGUUGACCAGUGUCUGUUGUUCUUCUUGAAAGCCAGCUAUAGUCGUGUUUACCUUCACAGUUUGUCACUGAGUUAGCUCAAAUGGAGGAUACGGAAUGUUGAUUUGGGAAUCAGCCAUUUUCCUUCAGUUUUUACGAGCCAAAGUAACGAGUUGUAUUUAUUUCUCAGGUAUCACAAAGCACAUCUUACGAGAAGGUUGAUAUUAGAUUGUUCAACUGACAGUGAUUUAGAAGAAAAUGUGGUGGAAUGGUUAAGAGUAAGUUAGUGUACUUAAGGAACUUGAAAUUCUUGUUUUUCUGGUUGUUCGAUCGUGUAAUCUCUAAAUCCUAUUGAAUAUUUUAUCACAAAAGGUUAAGCUACUUCACUUUUCAAUUAUGUAUGAACUGAUGAUCAUGUUAACAAUCAGUUUGACGCAUUAGUUUAUGGGUUUUUUAAACUCUUGAUCGUAGAUUGGGCGAUUAACAAUAUUAACGUGUAUUUCAGGAUGUGGGUAUGCCUGCAGAUUACAUCAAUAAAUUAGCAAGAAUGUUUCAAGACAUAAAGCUCAGUGAAGAUCUUAAUCAAGCUUUCAAAGACGUUUACAGAGCUCGUUCUGCCAUGGCAGGUGAGAUAUUGCUUUUGGCAGUUCCCUCAACAAUCCAAGUGACUGUACAGUACAAUGAGAUUCUCGUAUACUUUGCUAAAAAGCGACCUAAACGACGGUCAGAGAGGCUAAGGCCUAAGAAAUGCAUAUUGGAUUUGAUAAGGGUUCCGGAAAAUUGGAUUUUAUAAGAAAAUUGUCAACCCUUUGUCUGCUUAACUGAGGCUUUUGCUGCCAUUAUAUCCCAAGCGCAGUGUUGAACAAUUUUAAAAAGACUGCAAAUAUUUUUUGUUUAGAUUCUGUCGCAAUUAAGAUACUAAAUGCAGGAGCUUGGGCCCGCAGUUCAGAGAGGGUAGCGGUAUCUUUGCCUACCGUAGUAAGUAUAUGACUUGACAUGGGAAAACCACGUGUUGUGUGUAUUAUUGCAAAGCUUUCUAACCGCCAGCCAGGACCCUGUGGAUGUAAAUAAUAUAAUUUCCUUGAUUUUCUCUAGCUAGAAGAUUUCAUUCCUGAAGUGGAGGAAUUUUAUCUUCGUAUUCACAGCGGUCGUAAACUGCAAUGGAUUCAUCUCAUGUCAAAUGGAGUGGUAUGAUUCCUUCUUACUAUCAAUAUGCGUUCAAAUGUUUAGUCACAUUUGGAUUACUUAAUAUAAUUAUAAACAUUUUUUUCUCUGGAAAGGCAGUCUUUAAUGGGGUUAAUCUUUUAUUUAGAUAACAUUUGCAACUAAGCAGGGAAAAUAUGAUAUUGAAGUGACGACAUUUCAGAUGGCUGUCUUGUUUGCGUGGAAUGAAAGACGAAAUGAUAAACUAUCUUUUAAUGAUUUAAGGUAAAGAUUUACUGCGGAGAGAAUCUCACUUGGAACAUGCAAUGACCUUUUUCGUUCUUCCUAGAUUAGCGACGGAAUUACCAGAGUCGGAGCUUCGCCGAACGUUGUGGGUAGGUCUUGUUCACUUGUUAAUCCGUGGUAUGCUUUUUUCACCUGUCAUUCAGGGCUGGCGUAUUGAAACGCAAGAACUCCCUUUUCAAGAAGUAUAACGCCCUUUUCAAAUAGCAAAGCGCCCUUUUCAUAUAGCAAAACGUCCUUUUCAAAUAGCAAAACGCCCUUUUCAAAUAAGAAAACGCCCUUUUCGGAUAAGAAAACGCCCUUUUCAAAUAGCAAAAAGCUUUUUCUUUACUUUCUUUGACUUGAUGAGUUCACUUCAUUUCUUUAUUUAGUCUCUCAUAGCAUUUCCGAAAUUAAAACGUCAAAUUUUAAUAUGUGAACCUGCAGUGCAGUCUCCGAAGGAAUUCAGGAAAGAUUCGACGUUUUAUGUAAACCACGACUUCGCUCUAAUGUAAGUUUGCCAGUCUUACAACAUUAGUAGUCUUGUCCAACAUCGUCUGAUAUUGUUGUUGCAUGAAAAUUUGAACAACCUCGAUCCAAGUUCAGGCAACAUAGUGUUGAAACUAGGCCAGCAAUAUUGCAUUCAACAACGAUGGAUAUUGUUGGACAAACAUGUUGGCCUCGUUUCGAUAAGCUUUGAGAAAACUAAUUGGUUUUCUCAAAAUGAUAAUUGAACAGUUUGAUAUUGUUGCUUGAUAGAAAAAAUGGCAAGGUCCAGAAACGUGGUAAGAUCAACUUCAUUGGAAGACUUCAACUCUCUACAGAUAAACAUCGCGAAGAAGAUAACGAAGCUAUCGUCGCUUUGAGGAUAUUAAGAACUCAGGUUGGGAACUUCUUUUCGAUAUAUUGAUGACUUUCAGUGAGCAAGGCUCCAGAUCAUUGUCAGAAAUGUUGACACUAUCUCACAUAUAACAUUUCUUCUCACGUGUUGUCGUUUCUUUGUAUAGGAGGGCAUUGUACGAAUAAUGAAAAUGCGAAAAACAAUAUCAAACGCUCAACUGCAGACAGAACUGGUUGAAAUAUUGAAAAAUAUGUUUAUACCUCAGAAAAAGAUGAUCAAAGAACAAAUUGAAUGGUUGAUUGAACAUAAGUACAUCAAGAGAGACGAAAAUAAUAUCAAUCAAUUUAUUUAUCUAGCUUAG